AUGUUGCGUCCGUUGUUCGGGGGCGCCCUGAGCUGCGAUAUCCCCGAGAGCUUCGCCGACGUGAGUUCGUUUCGCCAAGUACCCGACAAUCAAGAGGUGUUUGCAAAUGCCGCCACAGACCAAAGCGUAAUUAUUGAGCUCCUGCAAUACGAGAAGAACGUCAGCGACACGGAGAGCGGUCGCUACUUUUUCAACGAACUCGCCCAAUCGAAUGGGUGCGGCCCCGAUGAGGUGACGGUGCUGCUUCAAGAGACCGAAGAGGUGCAGCACAUGUCAAACGUCUCGAUUGACGCACCGCAUACCACGCAGCUCAUUGUGGGCGACCAGCACGUGGCCAAGUUCAAGGAGGACGAUGCCGCCAAGAAUGUCGUGCGUGUGUAUCUAGGUAACGUCCGUCUGCCUGGCGUGACGACAGACGUGAUCCUGACCGUUUCGACACCGAUGCAGAUAAGUUCAUCUAGCAGUAGUCGCGACGCUUGUCAUGUUGAGCAUAGCUCAAGCGUUGCUGCUGCUAUAUUUAAGCAGGCGCUGCAGACUUUAGUAAUUGUGGACUGGUCGCUAUUUCAGUAA